AUGUGUUAUCCUGCCUUGGAAACAUACUAUCUAACACCAAAGAAUGCUGUUGAACCACUUUUCUGGGAACUGCAAUCGGCGCGAAGAGAAGUUACAGAAGAAUUAUUCAGAGAAAAGUGCUCGGCGACCCAGCCUUUUAUAUAUGUUGAACAGAUAGUGAUUAACACUACCGAUGCAGCAAAAAAUGGAGCUUAUGGCGUUCUUGAGAAAGAGCUGUUGCUGUGGUCUAUAAGAUUGAUGGACAAGAUUGCAAGUGCAGAAAUUAUAAAUCCAACAAACUCUCAAUCUAACCAGCUCACGGCUGACAUAAGGCCUUAUAAACUUAAAGACCUAUGCUACAAGCCGUUUGGCGGUAAUGAAUGUUUAAUCCAAUCACCCCUCAGUUUCUGGGACAACAACGAACAGACAUUACUUUCAGACAUUAACAUUAUAAAAACUCUGCAAAAUGCUGACGAGGUAUCAUUGCAUGGCAUUAGAAUGCCGUUGACAUCGGUGUUUGGCGAUAUUGUAUAUACAAAAAGUACCAAGAUAAAGGGCGCUAAAAGCAUCAUCUUGACGUAUUUUUUGAAAGCCACAGCAAUAGAUUUGUGGGAAAAGAUAUGGGAACAGGUGACAAAAAAUGGUGAUAUAUGUCAAGUUGGCGGGGGAACGUUGAUUGAUAGUGUGGAUUUGCGUGUUGAAGGUGAAUCAAAACAUUUAUAUUUGCAGUUUAACAAUCGCCCGCGUGAUCAUAAGGCCGAGUAUAUUCUUCUUUUUCUUGGAUAUCUGGUUGGCUUUCUCUACGUUUCGCUCUCAUUGGGCAGGCUUAAUUUGGUCAAAUCUAAAUUUGGUCUUGGAUUUGCUGCUUUAGCCCAAGUGUUCGCCUCUCUCACGGUCGCUCUGAGCAUAUGUUCUCUGUUGGGAUUUAAAUUGACAAUAUUGCCUUGGGAGAUAUUACCGUUCAUGAUCAUGAUUGUUGGCGUGGAUAAUAUUUUUCAACUGACCAAUGCGGUUACAUCAACUUCAAUGCAAUUACCAGUGACCGAACGUGUAGCUGCAGGUAUUGGCGCCGUUGGACCCUCGAUGACAAAGAGACUUUGCGUUGAACUGAUCGUUUUGCUAAUAUGUGCGGCGAUAAGUAUUGAUUCAGUUCAAGAAUUUUGUCUCUUCACUUCGAUUUCUGUGGUGAUUGACUAUAUACUACAAAUGACGUUUUUUGUCGCCACAUUAUCUAUUGAUAUAAAAAGAUUGGAGAUGGCUGACUUGUAUAAACGUCAACCGCAUUACGAGGAAGUCACUUCUAUUAGAAAUCUUCGGGAGUCAACUUCACGAAUGUUCAAAAAGGGGCGAACUGUAGGUCUAAUUACGGUAAUUCUCGCAAUUAGAAUCCUUGCUAGAUCCUACCCACAUCCUGAGUCCCCCACAAAUUUAUCAUAUGAUAAUAUCUUCACUAACGAAAUACCGGUAAUUAACAACAAAUUCUACGAAACUGCCGCUACAGAUAUGGCAGACAGCUUCUGGCAAGCAGUUAAUCCGAAUAGAACCAACCAGUGUUUCGAGUUAAGAACAAAAUACGUCACGAUUCAUGGACGAAACAAAGACGCAGUAAACGAUAAUGGCCCACUAAAUGCUUGGACAUUAGAUGUUGUUACCCGAUCUCAACAAGUAUUCAGACACAUAUUGAAGAGCAUAGUCACUCUUGUCAAGUAUAUCAUAGCACCUGCGGCUGGUAUCACGAUAGGUAUAUCAUACCUUGUGUCUUUCCUUCUGUCUACAAGCAGCGACGACGGACCGGACAAUGCGCGUAAUAUAAGGAAGACUUCGUCUAUGAAUGACCUGCCAGACCUCCGACACACCACUCCACGUAUUGUCACUCUGCGUGGCAGACAUGCUGCUGACGUGGACCUUCUCUGUGCUAGAUCCAAUGGAAUAAUUAUCUCUGCCAGUACAGACAAACGCGUUACGUCGUGGGAAGGACACCAUGGUAGCCUGUCUAUGAAACUCGAGCGCUACCUGCGUAGGUGCGAAUCAUGCAAAUGUGGCGCUACGAAAGGAAUGAAACAAUGCAUCGCAUGGCCUGUGAGAGCUCUAUGUACGGAUGAGACCGUAGAGUUGGCCGCUGCUGGAUUCGAAGAUGGAGUAGUGAGGGUAUGGGAUAUACAAACUGGCCAAGCCAUGCACAUUUUGAAAGAUCCUAUGGAUGAUGUCGAGUCUGUCGUACCUGCUGACACGAAUAAUCGAUUAUCUAAAGGAAGAGUUACAUGCUUGCAAUUUGUAACCACACAACCUAACGCUGUUGACUCUCCAACAAUGUCAUCACAGUAUGAGAAAAAAUCCAAGGCGGCCAAUCCGCAGACCGUGUUACUUGCCGCUUAUAGGGAUGGGUUUGUUCGCGAGUGGGAUUUAGAAUUUGGCAAGUUAAUAUAUACCAUUGCUACAAAUCAGAAAAGUGGUAUAAGCUGUUUUUGUAUUAGUGAAUCCGUUGACAAUUUCCAAGGUUUGAGACUAUUCACUGGUGCAAGAGAUGGUUCCGUAAGAUGUUGGUUGAGGAGAAAUGACGCCGAAAAUGAUGAGUCAGAUGAAAUUGCUGACGUCGAACCCACAAGUCUAUGGAAGCCUCUUUAUACCCUAGUUGGACAACAUAACAACGCUAUAACGUGUAUUGCUACAAAAAUUGCCAAGACCGAGACGUCAUGUUACGGUGUUGUGGUCACUGGUGCUGCAGACGGUGAAGUAAAAGUUUAUGAUUACUUUUCUGGUAACCCAAUAGCCACGUUAAGUCAAGUGCAAAAACUGCUGAAUUUGCAAUCGCAGGGACAAGAUCAACCACCAGAAACUGUUCAAAAAUUACAUCAAUAUGCCUCACAUCUACAACGACAGCGUGAGCAGUUAAUUGUGCAGCAGCAAAGAAUACGAAGUCUGCAUUCCCAGCAGACGCAGACAGUGUCUGAUAACCUUGAUGAAAAUACUCAUGAAAGCGAAGACGAAGAAACAAGCGAUGAUUAUGAGGAGGAUGAGUCGGGAGAGGAAGGAGGGGAAGGAGAGGAAGAGGACGAAGAAGAGACUUUCAACAGUGAAGAUAUGUUUCAUCAGGGUGCUAUUAAAUCCAUUAUUAUUCAUCUCUUACAAGGAGAGAAGUGUCUAUGUGGAAGAACAGACUCUGGGGAGUUUUGGAUAACAACUAGUUCCUUGGAUGAGAAAGUAAAUUUUUACAAACUUGUCAGAGAUUCCAUGGAUUGCGCAUGCAUGGCAUUGCAGGUGAAUGAAGAGACUGUCAUCGCCAAUGGCUCUGAACAUAUCAAUAGGCAAAGCAAUAAACAGAUAGCUACCCAGAAGCAAUCAUAUACAAAAGGACAUACUAAUCAUUAUCGAAUAAAGGCUAAACAAGCGGUAGAUCGUUCGGAUGGCGUUGCUUCUUACCGUACCAAAUUAAUCGGUCGUGUCAGCCAACCCGGCGGUUGUUCCAUAGUCUUACUUCGCGGUAAUAUAGUGGGUGUCCGACGCAUCAAAAGAAUCCUUUCCACCUCAGCUACGCGAAAAUCUCACGGCAUUGAAGGCGAGUGGGAAGUGUGGAUGAAGGAUUUGAAGACUUGUGAGCAGGAUUGUCUGGAGAAUGAUGAAGGUGAUGACUUGACGGUGAGGACCGUAAGUCUAGUGGAUGAGAAGGAUUUGUUGAUUGAGGAUAUACGGAGGAAAAAAGAAGCGACUAAAAAAAGGAUGCAGGUGAAACCCGGAGAAAUGUCUGGGUUUGUUAGGAGGCGGCGAGUGAUAUCUAUGAACAAUGUAAAAAGUCAGAAUGGAGUGUCAUCAUCCGUCAUGCCUUCUUUAGGCCAUUCUCACUCUCAUGACGAUGAACAUCACAACUCUCAUGACGACGAGCAUCAUCACUCACAAGAUCAUCAUGAUAGUGAUCACAAUUCUCAUGCCCAUGAAGAAGGACAAGUAUUCGACUAUCGUCAGAAAACGCGCAUUCGUCGUCCAGACAUUCUUGCCAAGGCGUAUUCCGCAGGCUAUAACGAAGAAGAAGAAAAGUUGAACGAACUGUUGCCAUUUGCGUAUAUUCGACAACUGGUGAAAAUCGGAGAGAAUGGUGUUUGUAUAGCUUAUGGUAAUUUCGUUAAAGUUGUUUGGUAUGAAGAUGCUAGUAAUGAUGGAAGUUGGUAA